CUCCCUCACGCACUCACGCCCAUCGUUCCUUCCUUGUGCAAACUUGUCGCCGUACCCCUGAACUCGUCGUCGCGACUCAGAAACAGUUCACCCUUCCAGCCGAAAGAUGGACGUGCUCACGGUGCUCCCGUCCAACUUUGGAUACGUCAUAUUUACUUUCCUCUACAGCUGGAUCAUGCUGGGCUAUUUAGCGGUCAAGGUUGGCGCUGCGAGGAAGAAGUUCGACGUGAAGUAUCCCACCAUGUACAGCGACAAGGAGCAAGUGUUCAACUGCGUGCAGAGAGCACACCAGAACACCCUGGAGGUUUACCCACAGUGGCUUGUUUUCCAGACUAUUGCAGCCCUUGUCUAUCCAUUGUCCGCAUCUGUGUUGGGAGUGAUUUGGGUGACCAGCAGGUUUUCCUAUGCCUGGGGAUAUUACACAGGAGAUCCAUCCAAGAGGUUGAAUGGUGCCUAUGGCUACAUUGGAUACUUUGGAGUCAUCUUUCUGUCCAUAGCUGUAGCCUUGCAGUUGCUUGGUGUCUUUUAAGAUGAUUGUCAUCUUGCAGUUUCUCCUUCUCACCGACAGGUUUUCUGAUUCACAGGACCUCUCAUACCAGUUUUCAGCCAUAGAAUGGCAUUACACCUCUUUUAGGGAAACAUGUUUUAUUUACCACUAACAAUGUACCACUAUUUUUCUAUCUUUUCAUCCCAGCACUUAGUGAAUGUGUAUUCCAUGUAAUUACUGACAAUAAACUAAAUGCUACUGUCUUGA